AUGGAACAAAACGAGGGAUCGAGAAGGAAUGACGUUAAAAAUACCCGUAAAUGGGAAGGAGAAGGUCUUUACAACUUAAUAGAUGAUCCUCCUGAACACAAUGAUAUAAGUGAAUUAUAUCCUGAUUUAGUGAAAGAAAUGGAAGCCAAAUUUGACAAGUAUAGAAAAGGGUUGUUGCCAAACAAGGAUCUAUUACUCUACAACGAGAAGCGCGUAUUGGGACAACACUUUUUAAACAGGUCAAUGAUGAACUCUGAUUUUGCAAGGAAUAUGUUUGAGGACAUGUUUAUUCAAACACAACUUGCAGCUGAUAUAAAGAAGAUGCGGAGUAGAAUAAGUCAGAAUAUUGCUCAAAAUGCUUCAACAGCAUCCGGUAUUGUAUGGUUUGAUAACAUGACAGAAUAUAUCAACAUUCUGGAGGUCAUACAAGACGCUCUUGCUGAGCGGAUUGUUCAGCAUGCAGUCGAGGAAAACAAGUAUGUAGAAAGCACUCUUGUAGCAUGCAUUGUUCAACUUUUUAUAGCUAUUGUCACAGUUCCUAUUAUAUUUUUCCUGGUGAAUAAUAUCGUCAACAUAUCAUCUUUGCUGGAGAAGAAGAAGUUUCACCUCGAAGCGGAAAAACACCAAACAGAAUUACUAAUACAAAAAUUGGAGACGGAGCGGAAACGGACGAAAGAACUUUUGUAUCAGCUUCUUCCAAAGUCUGUGGCAAAUACAAUUAUGGAAAAUGGAUUUGUUGAGCCUGAGUCGUAUAAUGCAGCGACAAUUAUGUUUUCUGACGUUGUUGGAUUUACAAGGAUUUCCAGUGUCAUCACCCCAAUGCAGGUUGUGGCAAUGCUUAAUGGACUUUACAUGGCAAUAGAUGGUCGGUUGGAACUAUUUGAUGUUUAUAAAGUAGAAACAAUAGGUGAUGGAUACAUGGUUGCGUCAGGUCUGCCGAAAAGAAAUGAAGAUCGACACGUCAUUGAGAUAGCUAGACUAUCUUUAGAUCUUCUAAAUACUGUUAAGCAUGUGGACAUUGACAACCUUCGGGAAAAUCAUCUUCAAUUAAGGAUUGGUUUUCAUACAGGCCCAUGUGUUGCUGGAGUUGUUGGUAUAAGAAUGCCGAGAUAUUGUAUAUUUGGUGACACCGUCAAUACUGCCUCAAGGAUGGAAUCAACUGGUCUACCAAUGCAGAUACAGAUGACUAAGUCAUCCACCAAACACUUGCGGAAACUCAUUAAAUUUCAAAUACGUAAACGAGGUCAGAUAGAGGUCAAGGGUAAAGGUUUGAUGACAACAUACUGGUUGCUAGGAUACAACAGCAAUGAUAACAAUGAUGACAAAGAAACAGAAAGCAGCCACUGA